CAGACGUCGGUCUCGAACAUAUGAUUGAUAUUAAUUCAGUGAUGAUUCUUGAUGUACUUAAUUACGAUAAUUGGAAUACAAUUAACGAUCGUGCAACAACAAUUGAUCUUGGUUCGGAUAAAAAAUUCUUACAUAAUAUUAAGUUCGUUAAAAAAUUUUAUUUCGAAUUUCAUACGAUCAAAAUGUUGAAAAUCAAAUUGGUUCGAAGCUGUACAAUAUUUUUAAAUCGAGAUAAAAUAGAUUCGAUGCGUGAAUAUCUUUCAUCAAAAGAAAAGAAAAAAAAAGGAAAAAAAAAAAAUAUCGGAGUGAAAGAAAAAUAUGGAGAACUCGAACGUAUAGAAUAUAAAGUUGGGUCAUCGUUGGAUGACCGUGAACGAUAAGUAUUUAUUUUUAACAAAAGUAUAUACGUACAUAAACGUAAAAUUUUAUUCAAGUUUUUCUUUCAGCAUCCGAAUUUUAUUUUUUUUUAUUAAUCGUUGACGAGAUAAGAGAACGAUAAUUCUCUUAAUAAUGUAUCAUAAUUUAAGUAGAUAUAAUUCUACAUUAGAGAUAAAUUCUACUUAUAUAUUUUACUUGCUGGAGUAUUUCUUUACGUUUGAUACGUUAACCAGGAAAUCUCGAUUAUCGCGAAACUGCACAAUAAUUUACCACAGGGUUUCCCAUAAAAAUAGAACUCGUGGGUUUUCACACAUGAUACGACAUUGGCCUAAAUACUUUCUUCAAAAUGCAUAUGCGUAAAAAUAACCGUGGUACAAGAGAUAUAAUCGUAUGUGAACCAUAAUAAAAUUGUUAUUCCAAAUUUUCUGUUUCCACUUUGAUAAAUUGAAGAUAAUCUUAUAGAAAAAAAAUUAAAUCGUCGUUAAACGUAAGAUCAAAUCUUCUCUAAAAGGCGCCAGAAACAAAGACAGAAGUAUCUAUCCCUUAUAAAUAAUUAACAAAGAAAUAUUACGAAUAUUGAUGAUAAAUUAAUAUCUCUCAUAAAUUAUUAAAAAAAAAUCAUCAUUAAAGAAAAAUCUCAUAAAUCGACAAAUAACAAAGGAAUUAAUGAAUCAAUAAGGAGGUUAAUAAACUCAAAAUUGAUAACUACAUAUAAAUGGAUGAACAAUGAAAUUAAUAAUACAAUCUUAUACAUAGGGAAAUCUUUAUAUCGGUGAGCAGAUAUUGUGUGUGAUUCCCCGGAUACGUUUGUAAUGUAUGCACACACUCGUCGAAUAAUACAUUUUGAAAACAUUUCAACAAUUUUUUUUUCCGGAUGAAAAGAGCGUGGAAACGCGAAAGAAGUAGACAUAGACACACGGGAGCGAGGAAAAGAGGUGAGGAAAAGGAACAAAAAGCUGGGACGAAGCGAGAAAAAGAGGGAAAAAGAGGGAAGCCGAGGAUAGAAUUGGUUGAACGAAAAGGAGAGGAGAGGCAGAGCGAGAAAGAGAGCAGUUUUACACGCAUUCGCAUUCAGUCUGCUUGCGGCGUUCGUGCCAGUCGUAUUCCCUCGGUUAUACACUUAUUUUUUUCAAUCUUUAUCACGCUAUUCUUCCAUCCCAUGCAAUUCGUUUUUCGAAUAUCCAUAUGAGAAUGAACGAAGCGAGAUCCGCGAGGAAAUGCCAUCGUUUCCGCCACGAUUUUUCCGAAUGAGGGGGCACGAGCCGACGCGUUACUACCAAGAACGCACGAUUCUCGAAUUCGCGUAAAAAAAAAAAAAAGAAAGAAAGAAAAAAAAAACUGCGCUACUGGGUGAAUACAAGAACAAGUGUGUAUCUGUUUCUCUGCGAGGCGAAUUUCGAAAAUAAAGGAGAAAAGAAUCAAAAUGGACGAAUCGACGAGUGGCGAUCGUGAGAGGCAACACCGAUCGGCGGAAGUAAACACGGGGCAGAAGCAAGGGGCCACGUGCUUGAAGAUGGCUAAUUACGCGGCGUCGAACGAGGCGUGCGACUUAUCAAGAAUACCGAGACGGAAGUUGUCCGUGUUUUAUCGAUCGUUCGACGUGAUCGCGCAGAUCGAUCAAGGGGGGAAGGAAAGGGGGGCGCUCGAUUUUAGGCGAACAUCGAGCAGCCCGUCCGUUCGGAUCGACGGUAUUCAAGAGGAUAACGAUCCGAACGAUAAGGACGAAGGUGAUCGAGAAACGGGUUUGCACAAAAGAGAAUUGGUAACUUAUCGCUCGUUGAUCGAGAGCGGCAAGUUUUUGACCAGUUCAUCGCCGGAUCGUCUUAGCGAGAAGCCAUCCUCGAAUAAAGGGCAAGCCUCGAAUAAAGUUGGUUCGUUAUCCCCGAAGGCGGUCGAGCUGUCUCAAGUUCGAGAGGAUACGAUCGUGGAUAAUUAUUCCACGAUUACCAGCGAGGCUUCGAUCGGGAAACGUUAUAAGUUGAAUAAUAAUGGGAAUUAUUCCGAGUUGAAAGUCGCCGAUGAAAAUGUCGCGAUUAAUUCCCACCAGACCGAUUCAACAACCGAUCCGACCAACACCGUCCCAUCGUUCGCGGGGGAAAAAAUUGGAAACAACUCGACCAAUGGGACAAUCGAUCUCCAUCGUGCAAAUUCAGUGAAUGCCACGCGUUCAAUUUGUCCCUUCAACGAUCUGGUUAAGAUCAAAGAUUCGGAGUAUCCCCGCUCGUUUGUGAACGCAUCGAGUGCCGGUCGCCUCGGGAAAUAUACAUCAGUCGAUGCCGAAAUGUCGAGUCACGAGGAUAGCUCGAUCGGUUCCGAUAGCGAGGAUGAUUCGAUCGAACGGAAUAUGCACGCCGCGUUAUGUUCGAGGGACGAAGGGAAGAUGGAGAGGCGGCGAUCGAAAAGUGACAGUCCAUUGUCGCAACCCUUGUCAUUGUUUUGCUCCAUCACUGAACCAUCGCGGAAACUUUCGAGGGAAAUUGACGAGCACGAGGAAGCCGAGGAUCCUGAGGAAUUUCGUUCGAAACGAGAGGACCGACAAAGAUUUUUUGCCACGAAAAGAUCUUUGUCGGAAGGUGACUGCGAACGAUACCAUCGUGCAAAAUGCCAUUGCAAAUACACGAAGGAGGAAGAAUCGUUCGACGAGAGGACGCAAUUUCUAGCUUUUCCUAGUUUUAACGACAUCAAGCUACAGAUCAUCGGAUUAUCGUGCUCGAAAGAUAUAGACAACGUGUACAGAGAAAAUUUACCGGAGAAAGAGCUCGAGCGCAAAUAUAUUGCGUUUUCAAUAGGACUUGGUUCCGAUAGAAUUACCUUACAUCGAAGAAUGGUCUUAUCGCUGCGUCAACGAGAUCAGUCGGAACGAAAUUUUAUGAAUGAAAUACAAAGAAUGCAAGAGGAUAUAAAAGAUUUAUGUUCGCUUUGCACGGAUCAAGAGUCAAUAGACAAAGUAGAAAAAGUUCGUCAUCGAUUAGACAUGAUAGCACGGUCGGCCCAUAGGAUUUCUUGCGCUGCUGAAACAUUGGGAGCAGUGUACCAAGAACACAGACUUUCUAGAGCGAUUUUUAUAGGUGACAAGUAUCUGCAAUUAUUACGAUCCAGAUGUGAAAAUCUAGCAACAGAUAUUGAAGAAAUCAAAGAAAUAUUGUUGAAGAAUAAUAUUAUGAUAGAAGAAACUUCUGGAGAGAUAGGAGACGAUUUACCUAAAAUUCGAUACAGAAAUGGAUUACCUUGCAAUAAUCGAACAAUGAUGGCUAGGAGAAGAGCUAGCAUCGCUACAAUUACACGACCUUUAAAUUCUCAAGAUGUUUUAAAGGAAGCUCCUAGACAGCGAAACUCUGUUUCUGGAAGAGUUACUUUAAGACGUCCAUCAUUAUGUUUCGAAACGCAAAAAUGGGAAAACGAAAAAUUAAAUCGAACGGACAGUGCAAAUAGUGUCAUUGAAUUACGUGACAUUUUUGAACACACUGAGUUGCGAAGAAAUUCAAUUGAAGAAAAUAAUAAUCUCUUAAGAAAUGACCAAAAUAAUAGCGUUUAUAACGUAAAUUGUGACAUCACUAAUAAUGUAAAAGAUAGAGAUCGAUUAAUCACAAAACAAAAUUCUUUCUUGGAAUUAAAUGUGGCUAAAACUGUUGAAAAACAGUUAAAAUCAUGUAUACGAACACAUAAUGUUGAACCAUUACGAAUAACAAGAAAUAUUGAAACAUGGAGGCCAAUAUUGUGGUUCACAUUCAUUUUCUUUCUCGGAUUUUAUGCAAAACAAAUUAUUUCAACGUUUGUUAGAUAAUAUAUUAAAAAAUUUUGAUAGUAAGACUUAGCAUUUUUUGUGUUAUAAUAUUGCAGUAUUAAAAAAAAAUUUAUUCAGUAAUAAUAUUCUUGUAAUAAUUUACAAAGAAAAAUAAUAAAAGGCGUUAUUUACAAA